AUGGGAGAUAGCAGCAUUAAUGCGGGCUCAUUCGAGGCCUUCUUUGAUGGCUGGAUUGUGCGUCAUGAAAAUUUUGUCGAUGAGCUCCUCAGAGCACCGCAAACUUAUGAUGAGUCUACGGAGGAUGCAAUCAGGGGCCUUAUUUCUCGAGUUCUGACUCAUUUUCAAGAAUAUUAUCAAGAAAAGUCAAGUAUGAUCCAAAGGGAUGUAUUUCUAGUGUUUUCACCACCUUGGUUCACUGCAUUGGAAAGAACCUUCUUUUGGAUUGCAGGAUUCAGGCCUGACUUGGCAUUUUGUCUGGCGAUGAGAUCUGUGAAUGAUUUGACUGAGGAUCAAACCCAAAGACUUCAAAUGUUGAGGCAUGUUACAGAAAUGGAAGAGGAGGAACUGGCUGAGGAGUUGGCAAGUAUUCAAGAAAGUGUGGCGGCGCCACCAAUGGAAGAGCUGGCAAAGCAGGUAGGAAGAAGGGUAGUGAACGGUGGCGGAAUAAGGGAUUUGGAUGCAAUGCCCAAUGCAUUGAGGUCGAAAAUGGAGAAUUUGCUCACUGAUGCGGAUUCAUUAAGGAUAAGAAUAGUUCAGGAGGUGGUGGAAAUACUGAGUCCUGCACAAAAUGUGAGGUUCUUGGCCGCUGCAAUUCAGCUGCAACUUAGGAUUAGGGAGCUGGGACGGCAGAGAGAGGCGCAGCGGCUUCAGCAAGGAGAGACAAAUGGGUGGUAG